AUGGAAAACACCUUCCUAAUUCUCGAUGAAUCUCCUUCUAUGGGAGACGUAUUUGAUGAUGCCGUUAACUAUCUAAUUGACCUCAUUAUUUCCAAAGUUGCUAGGGGGAAAAAGAAGGAUCUAGUCGGAAUCAUAACUGUUCAUGAUUCAACGACUAGUAAUCCAAUGAACGAUAGAAAUCCUGAGGAAUGGUUGAACUGUGUCAUCGAAGAGCCGAAACUCUUCAAUUGGGAGCUUCUUGGAAAGUUAUAUCGGGACAGAUUUCGGUUGAAUCCGACGAAUCCUGGCGAUUGUGAGGCAGAUCUUCCUCGUGCUUUGGCUAUAGCUCUUCAAUAUAUAGCUGAUUUGAAUGGCAACAAGCGCCGAAAGUCGGCUAUUCAUUCCAUUAUCCUAGUGAGCAACUUGGAUGCCGAGUGUUCGUGGGACGGGCUCAUCGAACCGAUAUGUUCUUUGGCUUUGCAGUACGAUGUCUUAAUAGGCAUUGUCUACUUUACUAAGGGUGGAAGUCAGGACAGUAAUCCUUCGUUUCUGACCUAUCAGAACAACUUGGAGAGUUUUACAAGGUUGAUUUCUAUUUUACAAAAGCAAUCUGCUAGUAUUAAGGGAAGAGUGCACGAGUCGUUUGUGUGCUCCUUUGAUAAGGCAAAGGAUUAUCUACGGGAUUAUCGGAUGGAGCCUCCAAAACGGAUUACCCCCGUCAGGACGUUCAACGGAGAGAUUCGACUUUGCUGUGAUUUGAACUCGAUUGAUUUGCAAAAUACUUUGGGAGAUCUACGGAAUCUCAACGACAUAUCGGAUUAUAUGCCGAAAUAUGAUAAAUGGAAAGAUCCAUUUUCUCUAUCCUUUAUGGCGGAUGGAUAUCCGUUGACUAAAGAUGAUGUGGUGAACCUGACACAAGAUGUGGGGGUGAAUGAGGAGGAUUCUCAUUUCCGAGUUUUCCCUAUUCAUCACGUACGGGAACAUUAUGUAGAGGAACAGACUGAAGACGAUACCAUCAGCACUAAAGUGAUUCAUGAUUAUGCACUUCAAAAAGGCUAUAGGUACGGCUCUUCCAUUAUUCCUGCUACAUCGGCCAUUGAGAGGCAGCUUGAGAUGCUGACAUACUCUGGUAUUGAUAUUAUUUCAUUCACCAAGAAGAGCCAGAUCCCCCCAUGGUACUAUCGUGGAGAAACGAUAUUACUUAUUCCCACAAAGGACUCGAGUAAAAAGGAUCUGUAUGCAUUUAAUCAGCUUGCACAAUCGAUGCUCAGUAGUGGCACUUUAGCCAUUGCUCGAGUGGUUCAGAGAACAGGAAGGCCGGCAGUUUUAGCGGCUUUGAUUCCAAAUGUAAUUCUCACCAAGAAUACCAAAUACUACUUAAAAAAGGAGGAUGGAAGUCUAAAAAGGACGAUUAGUCAGAUGGAAUCCGAUGAACCCAAGCAUUACUACGGAUUCUCCAUGGUGAAGUUGUUUUUCAAAGAAGAUGAGAAGAUACCUAUACUAGGGAAAGUUAGUGGACUUUCCGAAGAAGAAGAUGGAGACAAGAAUUAUCCUACAAGGGAGAUGGUUGCUUGUAUGGAGAAAUUAGUGGACGCAAUGGAUAUUGAUGAGCUGAACGGAAUAGACGAUAAAAAGGUUACUGAAAAUCUGUAUAUUGAGUUAAACGAUUUCGAUACCCUUCCUAUUCCAUGGAAAAUGGGUAUUGAUCAAGAAAGCAGCUUCAAGAGUUUGAAUAAAGUCACUAGACAGAUUUUGAGUCAAAAUUCACCCAAGACUCAUUUUCUGCAGAAGGUUUUGAAGACAGUAUAUCAUUAUCAGUUAGAGGAUGCACAGGAAGGAGAUAAUUUGUAUGAUUUGGUGGAGAAAAGCAAGAAUGGUGUUGUUACAGAGGACGAGAAGACGUUUUUUGACCUUAUAUGUGAAGAAUUGUGCAAGACUCAUGACUUUAUUCCUCAUUUUGGCCCAGAGGUUGAGAUGGAGGAGUUGAAGAUAUUUGAGACAGACAAGGUGGAGAAGAAGGUGAUUAUAAAGGAGGAGGUUAAAGAAGAUGAAUUGAAGAGUGUAGAGGAGUUGUUAGGAUAUCAGGCUUGA